AUGCUCUGGAUUCUUCCUCCCCUCCUAUCCGAUCAACCCCAAGCCAGGUGCAGCACGUUCCUACCUCUGGACAUGAACAAUCUGGCAAUGGAUCCGUCCUACAUGUACACGGACGUGGGCAUGAUCGAACUGCCCACGGACUUGUCAGCCUCGGCGGGCGGCUCCAACGAACAUGACAUUUCAAUGACAGGAAUGAUGGACGAUGCGGGGAUGCUCGCAGAUUUCGAUAACAUGCCACUGACGCUCGACGCUGGCCACCUCAAUAGCCAAAGCCAAAGCCAAAUGCCUUACACUUCAAUGGAUCAUACGAUGCCGCAUAGUGGUCUAGAAUCGUCGAAUGACAAGGCAAAGUCUGGAUCGAAUUCUGUACUCGAGCAGAUGACGGGGGCUGGUGCGGGCCCUCUGCCCACCGGCUUCGGAGCUCAAUCAACACUCAGUGGUGGCAGUACUCUCACAGAAUUUACCAAGAGGAGGAACUGGUCGCAGAGGGUGGUCGAAGAACUAAAGGACUUCUUACACAUUCUUACGCCCGAUGGUCGAAUAGUCUAUCUCUCUCCAAGCAGCAAUCACCUAACGGGAUACCUUCAAGAAGAGUUGGUCGGCAAAUUUAUUGUGGAUUUCAUACAUCCAGAUGAUAGUGGGAUAUUUGUCAGAGAGUUUAACGAGUCGAUUGCAAGUGGCCAUCCUCUACGAUUCUUCUAUCGAUUUAGGAGGAAAAAUGAUACAUAUACUAUAUUCGAAUCUCACGGGCAUCCGCAUCUCACGUCCGAGGCGGCACAAUUUGGGCCCAACAAUUCGGCAGGCUUCUGUAGAGGCUUCUUUAUGAUGGCACGCCCAUAUCCAACCAAGAAUGCAGCACUACUGGACUCGUUUCUUGAGCACAAGAUCGAGAAUGAGCGGUUGAUGAAGCGGAUCGAGGAAUUGAAGAAUGAAGAGGCAGAGGAGGCAGACGACGCUAAUCGACAUCGCAAAAAGGAAGGUCGGUCCGAAAACCAAUCCGAGGAAAAUGAUACUAUUGGAGGAACGUCCAUAGGUACAUCGCUACCAGUAUCAAUGGCAAUGCCCCCACCUACAAAACCUUCGAAUCUGAAUGCUGCCCUUACUCGCCAGAAUCUUGAAGAUGCCAACUUGGGUAGUAGGCCGGAUUCCAUGAAAGACAAGAUGGCCCGUUACGAGGGUGCUACUCACAUUGAAACUAUCGAGAUGCUGACAGGUUUGAGAUAUCAAGAUGGAGAAAGGAGUCAGGGUAUCAGCACUGGAGAUAUAAGCCCAGCUUUGAUAAAGGGAGAUGCAGGAAUUGUGAUAGCAGUUGACAAGGAAGCUAGAGCAAGUGACAAGAGGAAGAAGAUCAAAUUGCCAGAUGAAUAUGUCUGUACAGAUUGUGGCACGCUCGAUUCACCUGAGUGGCGUAAAGGCCCCAGUGGACCAAAGACACUUUGCAACGCAUGCGGUCUUCGAUGGGCCAAGAAAGAAAAGAAGAGGCCCGGCCCCCCUGGACCAGGCAAUGGAAGCAGUAGUUGA